AAGAUGUAAGUUUUAAAGCAUAAACUAAAACGGAAUUGAAAGAAACUGCGUAAUUAUUUUAAAUAGAAAUUCCUAAAAAAUAUAUUCUAUUUAAAACCAUUUUUUAACACUCAAAAUAGCUUUAACAGCUUUUAAAUAAUAUUAGUCAAGUUUUUAGCCAAACCAUCAACCUAACGAUUCUUAGCUGUGACAAAGUUUUUACAUAGUGGCGAUUUUUUAUUGAUUGUAAUGAUUUUCUUUACAAAGAUAACUCGAUAUAUUUUUGUGGGCCUUAUACUGUUUUUGGAAUAUAAAAGUGUUUUUGGUGUCACAGAUGUUCUGGUUGUUAACAAAGAAUCAGAUAAUUCAAAAGAAGACACAAAUGAAAAUGAUGAAAUUGCUUUAAAUGAACCAUUUAUUCCAACUAAUGAAUGGCAAGUAAUAAAACCUGGACAAUCUAUUCCUGCAGGAUUGCAUGUUCGCAUGAAUUUUCAAACAGGAAUAAAAGAAGCAAAGAUAAUUGAAAAAGAGGAAAAAGUAGUUAACAAAAGGGGUGAAUCUUCAAGUGAACAUUCAUCUCCAAAAAUUAUUUUAGGUGAUAAUAUAAAAGAAUUACCAACAUCAGAUGAAAAGAUUUAUUUUACAAAAUCAGAGUUAAAAGGAAAGUUAAAAAACUUGCGUGAUAAAGUUGGUACUAAAGAUAUUAUAAAUGAUAUAGUAUGGUCCGAAGAAGCCAAAGAUGCAUUAAACACUGUAGAAAAAGAUUCGAAAAUAAAAUUUCGGAGUAUUGAAGAGAUCAGAGCAGACUUAGAACAAUCAUUUAAUUGGAAUGUUAAAUCAGAUCUUCAAAUCAUGCAAGAGUCUAUAAAAUUGCUCCAGAACUUAUCUUUGUCUGUUGAUGAAAAGGUAGCAGCUUUAGAUAACUUAGAGUAUUAUGCACAUCAAAUCGACAAUGGUCGUGAUUUAGAAAAAGUUGGUGGUUUGGAAAUAGUUGUUCAACUGUUAAAUCAGUCUACUGAGCAGUUGUUGCAGAAAGCUGCUAGUGUUAUAGGUGCUGCUGCACAAAGUAAUAAUGAGGUACAGAAUGCAGUAAUCAAUCAUGGUGGUUUGGUAUUUCUUCUUCGUUUGAUUAAUGAUAAUCAACCAUUGACGCGAAAAAAGGCUCUAUAUGCUUUGUCUGCGGUUGUACGUGGAAACAGUCAUGUUCUGGAAAAAUUAAUUGAGCUAGGUGGUCUAAAAUUAAUUCUAAAUAUAGCUAAAGACCACAAUGCUGGAACACUAAGAGUAAAAGCAGUGUCUCUUUUGUAUGACCUAAUUGUUGAGCAACAAGAAGUAAUUCAAGACAGCAAAAUACACAGGUCCCCUUUCUUUGAAUCACUCAUAAAAAAUGGCUGGUGUCAUAUACUAAUACCUUUAUUAAAAAUUGAAGACUUUGAUACUAAAGAAAAGGUGAUGCAGUCAAUAGAGAUUUCAGUUAAAGAAUGCAAGAAGGAAUGGAUUGAUGACCAAACUUUAAGUAUAUUAGAUGAAAUAUCUCUUAGCCUUAAAAAGGAUUAUGAAUUAGAAGAAGAUGCUGAUUUAAAAAACUAUAUUGCUGAUUUAAGAACUAUACUGAACGAGAAGAUAAUAAAACUUUUGAAAGAAGUAGAAGUUUAGAAUUUUUAUGUUGAGUUUUUUUUUCAAAGCAAUUUUUUUUAUAUGCAGAUUAUAUUUGAGAGUUAUAAUUGUAUUUCUAGCGUUAGAUGGUAAACAUUUGUGGUGUAUUGUGGUGGUAAACAUUUUGGAUGUUUGUGGUGUAUUGUGGGUGUACAGUUGAAUUUUGAGUUUUAUAUUGUUAAAUAGAAUAGCUAUUUAAAAAAUAGUCGGUAUAUGCAAACUUAUUGUAAUUGUGGUGUAAUUGCGGUGGUAAGUAUUUGUAGUGUUAUCGUAUUUGUGUUGUUUCCUGUUUAUACUUAUUUAAGUUAAUAAUAUCAAGUUAUAUGUUUUA